AUGGCGGACUCAUCAAUCUCGUGUCCUACUGGCAAGUUGUUCGACCCUUACGGUCACCAGUGCCGCCAGAUGACCCAGGAUGACGUGUGUUUACCUUCUUGUACCCACACCUGCCCGUUCACUUGCAUGAAGCCCAAUGAUCUCGUCUUUGACCCCCGGAAUUGUUCCAAGUUCUACCUUUGUUUACAAGACGGGCCUUACCAAGCCCAGUGCCCUAACUCCAGUCCUUAUUUUGAUGGUCAUGCGUGUACAUCUGACGCCAAGUCCUGCUGUUCCGCCUCGUGCCCGCCUCACUGUCCCGCCGCUGAUGUUAUUAUCCCUGACGGGGAAGAUUGUCACAGAUAUUACGUCUGUCUAAAGGCAGGGAAGCCCUCAGAGGCCACCCACUUCACUUGCGAUAAUAAUCAAGUGUUCGAUUAUAUUUUGGGCACUUGUUCUCCUACAGCCAAAUGUGUUACUCUCUGUAACCAUCAAAACGUGACGACGACAACUACAACCACAAUCACACCAGCGCCCGUCUGCAAGGACACUAUGACUUGUACAAAGAUCGGUAACUUCCCCAAAUGCAGCAUCUGUGACACUCGCUACUUCCACUGCUCACAGACCACCAUGAACAAGCUGGCUCAGGUGUGGACCUGUGGCUUCGGCUUAAUGUUUAACCCAGACCCAGACUCAUGGCAGUGUGUUAAAUCCACUGACUGUCACAAUCACUCGACUCCCUGA